UCAGCGAGUGUUCGCACUGUCCUGCACGGUGCAGCAGUAUGCCUGGGGAAAGAAGGGCUCCAGCAGCGAAGUGGCGCGGCUGCUGGCCAGCAGUGACCCCCAGGUCCAGAUCUCAGAGGACAAGCCUUAUGCAGAGUUGUGGAUGGGGACGCACCCCCGAGGGGAUGCCAAGAUCCUGGACAACCGCAUCUCGCAGACCCUAGGCCAGUGGAUUGCCGAGCACCAGGACUGCUUGGGCUCGAAGGUCAAGGAGACUUUUAAUGGCAAGCUGCCCUUUCUCUUCAAAGUGCUCUCAGUUGAAACGGCCCUGUCCAUCCAGGCACACCCAGACAAGGAGCUGGCAAAGAAGCUGCACCUCCAGGCUCCGCAGCACUACCCCGAUGCCAACCACAAGCCGGAGAUGGCUAUCGCCCUCACUCCCUUCCAGGGCUUGUGCGGCUUCCGGCCAGUAGAGGAGAUCGUCGCCUUUCUGAAGAAGGUGCCCGAGUUCCAGCUCCUGGUUGGAGACGACGCAGCGUCGCAGCUGGAGCAGAGCGUGGGUGGCGACUCCCAGGCUGUAGCCGCCGCUCUGCGGGGCUGUUUCUCCCACCUGAUGAGGAGUGAGAAGGAGGUGCUGGUGGAGCAGCUGGAUCUGCUGGUGAAGCGGAUCUCCCAGCAAGUGGCUGCCGGAAACAACACGGAGGACGUCUGCGGGGAGCUGCUGCUGCGUCUGCACCAGCAGUACCCCGGUGACAUCGGCUGCUUCGCCAUCUACUUCCUGAACCUGCUCACCCUGCAGCCGGGCGAGGCCAUGUUUCUGGAGGCCAACGUGCCCCACGCCUACCUGAAAGGAGACUGCGUGGAGUGCAUGGCGUGUUCGGACAACACAGUGCGUGCUGGCCUGACGCCCAAGUUCAUCGAUGUGCCCACGCUGUGCGAGAUGCUCAGCUACACCCCCAGCCCCAGCAAGGACAGGCUCUUUCUCCCCGCAUGGAGCCAGGAAGACCCCUACCUCUCCAUCUACGACCCCCCUGUGCCAGACUUCACUGUUCUGAAGAUGGAGGUCCCUGGCUCCGUCACGGAGUAUAAGAUCUCAGUGCUGGACUCCGCCAGCAUCCUGCUGAUAGUGCAGGGGACAGUGACAGCCAGCACGCCCACAGCCCAGGCCACCAUGCCCCUGCAGCGUGGCAGCGUGCUCUUCAUCGGGGCCGACCAGAGUGUCUCACUGAAGCUCACGGAGCCCAAGGACUUGCUGCUGUUCCGAGCCUGCUGCCUGCUGUAGAGGCCGCUGCCUCCCGGCCCUGCUGUGCCCCUCACCCCAGAGGAGCUGGGUCUGCAAGCUCCGAGAGCAACUCCCGGGCACGGCAGGCUGAACGUCCUCCCGGGCAUCAUGAGCGUCCUCUCAGCACUCCGCCCCGAGCCAGGCGGCCCACUCCACAGCAGCUCUGCCCCCACGACAGCGUCAGGCUGUGGUGAGCUCGGUUCUCAGCACCGGUGUCAGCAGAGCAAGAGGCCAGGCGGCAUCUGGAACAGGUCUGGCCCUGGGACUGCCCACUUCCCGGCUGCGGGGAGAGGGGCGGGGAGGCCUGUGGACUAGCGCUACCUACACCCUCUUGCUCUGUCAGAGCAAUUAAAGUAUCGCACGUGUUGAGGCCAGUGGGCAGAGAGCACUCA